GUGUUUGGUUCUCAUCUCAAUCAAAUCUUCAGCAUUUCCCAACUUAAUUUGUCUGCAAAUUUUUGUGUGUGUGGAGUCGUGGGGUGUGGAUAUUUUUGGUUUUUGUUGGGUUGGAUUUUCAGAGUUUUGAGGUGGUGAUAGGAUCAGGUGCUGAGUUGAGGAGUGUUGACCAGUUGACCUCGUUCUUCUUCAGUUGGGAGGAUGCUUUUGUGAUUGGAUUGCUCGGAGAAGAGUGUGCUGAAGAUUUCAAUGGGUUGGAAGAGAUCUGCUUUGGAGUACAAGAGAGUGAAGAUCGUUGGACAAGUUCUAUUGGGAUUUUUGUUGAUCUGCACAAUUCAGAUUUCAAGUGCAGUCACUGAUCCCUCUGAUGUUGCUGCAAUUAAUAGCUUAUAUGCUGCUUGGGGAUCCCCUGUUCUGCCUGGGUGGGUUCCAAGUGGGGGAGAUCCGUGCGGUGAAGGGUGGCAAGGCAUUCAGUGUAAUGGUUCAUUCAUACAAAAAAUCGUUCUUAAUGGUGCAAAUUUGGGAGGAGAACUUGGUGAUAAACUGGCAACGUUUGUUUCUAUUUCAAUAAUUGAACUCAGCAACAACAACAUUGGGGGAAGUAUUCCAUCCAAUUUGCCAGUUACCUUGAAAAACUUAUUUCUUUCAGCCAACCAGUUAACUGGAAGUAUUCCAACCUCUUUAUCCACUUUGACUGGACUGACUGACAUGUCUCUUAACAACAAUCUUUUAACUGGAGAAAUACCAGAUGCAUUUCAGGCACUUCCACUAUUGAUCAAUCUAGAUUUAUCUAAUAAUAGUUUGAGCGGGAAAUUGCCUCCAUCUGUAGAGAAUUUGUCAUCUUUGACCACCUUACGCUUGCAGAAUAAUAAACUGUCUGGGACACUUGAUGUUUUACAAGACCUCCCUCUGAAAGAUUUGAAUAUUGAGAACAACCAGUUUGCUGGCCCAAUACCUCCAAAGUUGCUAAGCAUCCCUAACUUCAGACAAGCUGGAAACCCAUUUAAUAUUAAUGCUACUUCAAUUCCUAGUCCUGCACCUGGCCCUCCAGUGACAGCACCAGUUUCUGGGGCACCACCAGGAACAGUGGUUUCUGGGGCACCAUCAGGAACACCGGUUUCUGGGGCACCACCAGGAACAGUGGUUUCUGGGGCACCACCAGGAACAGUGGUUUCUGGGGCACCAUCUUCUGGUCAUGUACCCACUAAACAGGCUGAUGGACCAACCGGAGCAAAGGAAUCAAAUUCUGGGAAAUCGAAAAAAACCACCAAGAGGGUGGUUUGGAUAUCUAUUGCUAGUGUAUUGGGAUCCGUUAUUUUGAUCCUAGGACUCAUUCUCUUUAUUCCAGGAUGUAUUAGAAGGGAACGUGAUGACAGAAGGUCCAAACGACAUCAAAUUGGUGCAUAUGGAGGAGAAAGACAGAAUGCUAGGGAUUAUGGUGCUUUAGUCCAAACACCUAGUCAAACUGAGAAAGUACCACCAGUAGAGGAUGUUCUGAGGCCAAAAGAGAAUCGUCAAGCAGAGACCAGGAAAGUGGGGGUUACUCCAAAUCCACAGGAUGAGCAAAAGAAGGAUGUGCAAAGAAUUGCAACAGUACCAAAGCCGAAAGAUCAUAGGAUAGAUAUGAGUACACUAGAAGUAUAUUCAAUGCCGCCUGCUCCACCCCCACCUCCUCCACCUCCACCCCCACCCCCACCUCCCCCUCCCCCUCCCCCUCCUCCACCCCCACCUCCUCCUCCUACUAAGAGGGUGAUUGUUGAGCCAACCAUGUUCCGCAAAGGGACUAAUGCCAAUCCAUCUGUAAAAAGUUCAGUUCCUCCUUCCACUCUGGCAAAAUCUUUCACCAUUGCAUCCCUUCAACAGUAUACAAAUAGCUUUUCUCAAGAAAAUCUUAUAGGAGGAGGCAUGCUGGGCAGGGUGUAUAGGGCAGAGCUUCCUAAUGGGAAGCUGCUUGCUGUCAAGAAACUGGAAAAGAAAGCUUCUGAUCACCAGAAGGAUGAUGAGUUUCUUGAAUUGGUAAAUGAUAUCGACAAAAUGCGACAUGUAAAUAUUGUUGAGCUUGUUGGAUACUGUUCAGAGCAUGGUGAGAGGCUUCUGAUCUAUCAGUACUGCAGUAACGGGUCACUGCAUGAUGCACUCCACUCAGAUGAGGAAUUCAAAACAAAACUCACGUGGAAUACUCGCAUUCUGAUAGCUCUCGGUGCUGCUAAAGCCUUAGAAUAUUUGCAUGAGAAAUGUCAGCCACCUGUGGUACAUAGAAAUUUGAAGUCUGCCAAUAUUCUCCUUGACAAGGAUCUAUCCGCGCGUGUAUCUGAUUGUGGUUUAGCCUCAUUAAUAGUUUCGGGAUCUGUAAGUCAGCUCUCGGGGCACCUGCUAACAACUUACGGCCAUGGAGCUCCAGAAAUGGAGUCAGGAAUUUACACUCACCAAAGUGAUGUUUACAGCUUUGGAGUAAUUAUGUUAGAACUUUUGACUGGUCGUCAGCCCCAUGACAGGACACGUCCGCGAGGAGAACAAUUCCUAGCCAGAUGGGCAAUUCCCCAACUUCAUGAUAUUGAUGCAUUAUCAAGCAUGGUUGAUCCUUCUUUAAUUGGAGAUUACCCUGCUAAAUCAUUGUCAAAUUUUGCAGACAUUAUUUCUCGAUGCCUUCAGUCUGACGCAGAAUUUAGGCCAGCAAUGUCAGAGGUGGUCCAAUACUUACUAAAUAUGAUAAGGAGGGAGUCUUAGCAAAGUGAAUCAAAUGAAAAUUGAGAAUGGUUGUGAUUUUGUUCAUGAAUAAAUGUGCAAAGAUUUUUCCUGCUGAAUAUCAACUAGUAGAGAUAUCAUAUAAUAUACAAGGGCCCAGUUAGUUGUUUCCAUGCUUCAUUACUUCAUCCUAACCUAUUCAACAUUCACAUAUGCUAAGUUCUGCCAGGAGUUUUGUCCAAUCAGCUUCAGAGAAUUGUAGUGACCAACACUCCUUGCAUGUGUGUAGUCUUACUUUAUCUGAUAAUUUCAUAGUUCAUUAAACCAUGCCAUGUUAGUGUUGCAGAGUAAC